AUGAUCACUGCGGAGGGUCCGGGGCCUGGACACAGAGAUCGGGACUCCAUGGAGUAUGAUGAGGCGGAGGACCAGGCCAUAUUAUGUGGGGACAUUGACCACAUCCCUACCACAAGGGAGCGAGAAGUGGUGAAGGUUUUCCUGUGUGCAGAGCCCGUGGACUCCAUGAAGGCGAGGGCGGCUCUGAGCACGAAGGUCUACCCAAAGCUGAGGGAAUAUUGCCGCCAUGUGCACGGGCUGGAGUUUCAGGUUAUAGACGGUUAUCAUGGAAUUCAUCCUGGAGACUUUUACAGCUCAAAAAUUCGACAGAUCCGUAUGCGUCUGCUGGAGGAAUGUCUCCGGACCUCUGCUGGGCCAUGCUUUGUGGCUCUCCUAGGAGAAGAAUACGGACAAUCCUGUCUACCUGCAGAGAUUGAGUGUGAAGAGUUUGAGAAGAUUCUUCACAUCGCGGAGGAACAUGAAGUCUGCACAAGAGUUCUCCAGACCUGGUACCUCCUAGAUGAAAAUGCCAUCCCACCGGCAUAUACUCUGCUGUAUAAAGGGGAAGAGUUAAAAUGGGAUCUAGGGCAGAUGACAGAUAACCGUGACUUGGUGUAUGCGGCUUCUCAGGAAAUCAGACAGAUCUUGCGUAUGAUUGUUCCAUUAUGUGUGCAGAGGGGGAUUCUGGGAGAGGUGCAGGCACAGAAGUAUGUGACAUCAGCCCUGGAAGACGAACUUUUAUUCGCUCUACAAAAUGGUCCAGUCCGUGACCUGGAGAGAAGCAUCUGCUACAUACACAAGGUGCCCUUUAAGUCAAUCCAGAAACAUAGAGAAAAAGCAGAGACAUCGGAGAGAGGACCAUCUGAGGGCUACUCCAGGCUGUGCCAUCUCAGAGACGUCUUCAUUCCGGCAAUGUCCUAUACCGAGGGUCUCCAAGUCUACAGCACCAUUACAACAUGUGACAUCAAGGUGGGCUACACGGAAGAGAAAGAGCAAGUCUAUGCAGAGGGACUGUGCAGACAGUUCUACGGAGAUAUGGUGAAGAUGAUUGACAGAUGUGCCCGUAGAUGUCCUGGGCCCCUGAGGAAUGGCUCUGAGGAUGUUCUCAAUCACCUCUCCUUAUGUACAAUGUAUUCAGACCUGCAGGAACAUGAGUUCAGAGAGGAAGACAGUAUAAGAACGUAUAUACUGUAUGAUAAGUCCCGGAAACUGCUGGUCGUGUCUGGAGAACCAGGCUGCGGAAAGACGCUUCUUCUGGCAUCUUGUGGGAAGAAGGUACGCUUAUGGCUUGGAGACCGGGACCCAACAGUCGUCAUUCGCUUUGUGCCCUCAUUUGGUGAACUUUUGACUCUUAGCAGCUUGAUAAUGGGACUAUGUGAACAAUUAGCCAAUAUUUACCAGAUCCACACGCCGGCCUAUAUUGAUGACAUUGUGAUGUUGGUGGAAUACCUUAGUGACCUUCUUUCAGUAUCUUCUAAGCAAAGACCACUCAUCCUGAUACUGGAUGGUGUGGAGAACCUGAAACAUUGCUGCAAUCCAGAACUUUUUUGGUGGUUGCCACCUUCUCUUCCACAGUUCACAAGGAUAAUUUUAUCUGUAACUGAGAACACUCACACAAACCAAAACCAAUGCAGCCAUGGAGACCAGGUUCUGUAUCUUCACAUGAAGCCAACCAGAAAGGAAUGCAAUGACCAUCUGAAGAUGAAACUUUUGAAUAACCAAAGGAAAAUCACUUCAGGUCAACAAGUUUAUGUCAACAGAUCCUUGGGAAGCCACACUUCUCCCUUGCAAAUGCUUUUGCUCUUUAAGGUAGUCAAGGAAUGGAAAUCCCACCAAGAUCUCGAUAGUCAACCCCUUGGGGAAAAUGCUUAUCAGUCGAUUGAAAACUUUUUGCAAAAACUUGAAAGGAAGUAUGGAGAUGAGUUUAUUUCCAGGAUGUUGAGCUAUAUCACAUUGUCUAGAUCUGGGAUUGGAGAAGUUGAGCUCAUUGAUGUAUUGUCAGCCGAUGACAUGGCCCUCACUCAACUUUACCAUGUCCAUGACAAUGUGGGCAUGUUGAGAGCACCAGACUGGCUCAUUGCAAAUAUCUUACAUGACCUGAAGGACUGCAUUGCCUAUAGAGUUGUUACCGGAUACAGAUUAUUAUGGUGGACAAAUGGACUUUACCAGCAGGUAGUAUCUCAACGAUAUCUCCAAAGUCAAGAGGUAAUUCAUAAAUUACAUGCAAGUAUGUGUGACUAUUUUUGGGGCCGUUGGGCAAAUAGAAGAGCUAAGUCAAUAUCUAUAAGUCAAGCAAACAACCUUCAACCAAAAGAAAAGCACUUAAAAUCCUUUUCUAGCAUUGUCAACAGACUUAACAAAAUUUAUGUUGACCGUCAACUUCCAUCUCAACCGUGGUCUUUCAAUUACCAAUUUAUGGCCAACAUACGAAAGGCCACUGACCUUCCUUAUCACCUGAAAGAAAGUGGGAAAUUGGACAAUCUCUAUAAGGAUAUACUGAUGGUGUUGCCAUAUUACAAGACCCUCUUAAGCACCGGUCACAUAAAUUUGUUGAUUCGUACAGUAGAAGAAGCAGCGGCAAUAAUGGAGAGAAAAGAAAUCUACCUCAUCUAUGCCAUGCUCAAAGAAUUAAGCUGCCUCCUGAAUGAUAAUCCCAAUGGCUUUAAUAUGAUUAUCCAGUCCAACGUCGUGCCCCUUGUCUUUCUUUAUCCUUGCCUUUUGAGGUUUGCUAGACAAAUAUUUAGUGAGGCCAUGAAAAAUUCCUUCCUGAUCAUCCUGAAUUCAGCCCAAAUCAAACUGCCCCCUACUAAAGUUGAGUUCCAAGUGUCAUCAAACGUUGUUACCAUCUUGGAGAUGGCAGCAAGAUCUCAACUACUAGUGGUACUUCAGGAUGGAAGGAUUUAUACUUGGAGCAGAAGAGAAAAAACAGCUUUGGUAUAUCAGCAACCAAAGGAUAUGGAAGUUAUUACUGCUACUCUGGACAACAAGGGUCUACAUCUGGCGUUUUCCACCACACAAAAGUCAAUUGUCCUCCUUGAUUGCUCUUCUUGGACUUUCCUCAUUGAAAUAUGUGGUACUGAUGAAGAAGCCAAGCUGACUUUCUAUCAUUAUUUAUCUCAAUCAAUGUUAUUUGUGUGUUUUAAGAAUUCUCCAGUGUUUAGCAUUUACGACAUUCAUUCUGGUGAUCUUCAAAAAGAAGUCACUUUUUCCCAAAAUAUCACUUAUUUUGCUUGUGUUGGUAGUGGGGACAAUAUUGUUAUAGGUCAAACUGCUGAAAUUUUUAUUUUGGAUGUUAAUUUUUUAUCAGAAAAAAUUACGUUGCAGAUGGACACUUCAGAGAUUGGUAUACGUGAUGUAUACAUACAUCAAUCAGAUGUGUACAUCAUCGAUGUGAUGGGACAUCUCAGGAUUUGGAGCAUAGCAGAUCCUUCUAAGCCUGAACUUUUGGAUGAACAUUAUUCAGAUGAAGUCUACACCGAGGUGAUAUCUACAGAAUUUUCCUCUAAGUAUCUACUAAUAUGCAAGUUGACAACUCUGGAUGUGUGGGAAAUGUUAACAUUGAAGAAAAGUAGCUUCAGACCUCCUCAUAAAGACAAAUUCAGUUCUUGUGUUCUUUCCAAGAGUGGAGAACAGGUCUUUGCAGUUCUGAAGAAUGUCCCAUCGCUCUUGGUUUGGAGCAUAAAAAGCGGACAAUGUAUUUCCGUGAUUGAUAUUCCAUCGGGAGAAGUCACGCAACUUACCAAGAGCCUUCAGCUGAAUUUACUGAGGGCAAUAACUAGGAGUAAUUCCAUAUUAUUGUGGGAUUUGGAAGCUAUUGCCAGUCCAACAGCUUACUCCAAGACGGGAAGACCAGUAAGAUCGAUAAUCCUUUGCUCUGCGGAAGGCAAUGCCUACACAUCAGAUGGUUCAGAUGUGGUUUGUCAAUGGAAUGUUCCUAGUUCAAAAAUAAAGGCCCUAUUCAGGCAUAGGAAUCCCGUUGAAAAUAUCUGUGUAACCUCCCAUGGUGAGUUUCUUAUAACAUCGACCAUUUCAGAACUUUACGUCUGGGAAACGGAUACGGGAAUCAAUAGACAUUGCAUCCAAUGUAACCUUGUAUCCCAGUUGCUCAUCGUUCCGAACAGUAAUUUUGUGGUCACAUUGUGUAAAGAUGGAAUUUCUAGAGUAUGGAAGCCCAAAAGUGGGACUACAGUGUGCAAAAUAUGUACACCACUUAACCAGGCUAUCAUUACUGAUGAGAGAACAUUUGUUGUAGGCCUCAAUGACAAUAGACUUUUAGCAAUCAGUUUAUGGUCUGGUUCUGUCAGUAGAGAGUUCAGCUCCACUCAUGACCAGGACUCCAUUGUAGCAUUUCAAUGUGUGCGUAGCAAUCCAGACUUCAUUGUCUUGUUGACCUCCAGUGCUGAAAUUUAUACCUGGAACAUAGUAGAGGAAACCUUCUGCCACUUCUCCACGGUCUCCAUUCCACUGCCAAUCCUUGGUUGUUUCUUUGAAGUCUCAUCUGAUGGAGACAUCCUAAUUAUCACGUUGGGUGGGGAAGUCAACGUUGUACGUACUGCUGCCCACAAACAUUGUGUCUUGCAUAACCCUACCACUAUUUUAUAUCAACAUUUGACCAGCAAUGGUCAGUACCUCAUUUAUGUCCUUCACAAUGACCCUAUGAACCAAUGUGACUGCGAUUUCCAUGAGAACCCAACUCUUAAUGUAAUAGAAGUCGUCAAUGGAAGACAAGUCGCCCAUUGUCACCUUGGGAAAAUGCCUUGUGCCAUGACAGUAUCAGAUGAUGAUGGGAUGGUCUGCAUAGGCUUUGAAGAUGGCACUCUUGGCUUGUACUCUAUAGCUGGGAAGUGGAAGGGUAAUACAAGGAUUGAAACUUUUCUUAGUUUUAGCAAUAAGGAAGAAUCCAGUGAGGAAGCAACUGUAAAUAUCUAUGAGGGGAAAAUGUCAGCUGAGAUAUUAUGGAACAAAUCCACCGACUCCAGUGUGGACUGCUCUGGGGAUGAAGAAGCUCCUUCAGACAUAGAGUAG